ACCGAUAUUAUCGAUUUUCUCAAGGGUCCGACAAAGCCAUAACAAACGGCAUCUGUAUUCCCAGUUAAGAGUGAACGGUUUUGGUGUGUUGCGCUAAAGUUUUAAAAAGAAAUACCGGACAUCAUGGACAAGCAGCAAGCCGAAAUAUGCGAGACCUACCAGCUGAAAUGGACCUCCUUCACCAACUACAUGCACUCCUGCAUAUCGGCAUCGCUCCAUAGCGACUCCUUCGCUGACGUCGCCCUAGUGACGGCCGACGGCCACCAAAUAAUGGCCCAUCGCUACGUUCUGUCUUACAGUAGCCUCUUUCUGGCGCGUGUCCUCAAGCUACACAGGAAGGUCACCACCGCCUUGCCUCUGAUGAUAGUCAUGCCUCCCGAAAUCGACUACAAGAGCCUCAAAGUCUUGGUCAGGUACAUGUACAGCGGAGAAGCCAAGGUCUCAAAGGAAAUACUGAAGAGCGUUCUCAGAGGGGGUGACAUCUUGCAGAUCAAGGGGCUCUACAGGGAAAAGGAAGAUGUAGACAAAAACGUCAAGAUAACUCAACAACAGCCGAAACCUCCCCCCGCGACACCGACUCCUCCUCCCGCAACACCAGCUGUUCCUCCCAUGGUGCCCCUGGUGAAACCAGUCAUCAACUCUGCGAAAAACACACCUCAAACUACUGCAAUCCAACCGAAACCGAAUAACGCUACAUCUCUGGAUAAAUCCCAAUCGCAGAAAUUCCUAGUCGUGCAAAAGCAAAAGGAGCAAAUGACUUACACCAGCCCGAGGCAGAAGGCAAUGGUGCUCAACUUCACGCUGAUGCACCCCUUCGACAAGAACGGCCAAACCACCAAAGAUCCAGAGAAAACGAUGACCAUCCUGAACAAGCAGCUGGACCCCUUGAGCGAGUACGGUCCUGGCGAAACAUCAAUUAAGAACGAAGCCAACACAAGCCGAGAAAGCGGCCUGCAGUACCUCAUGAUCAAAGACGAACCCGUAGAAUGGUCGGAGGCAGAUAUGGAACUGAUCGAGUCCAAAGACGUCUACGAAGAGGUCACCUUGAAGUCCGAACCAGAAGAACACAGCUCCGACAACAACGAAAACGAAGAGAAGAUGUUCUCACCUCUGACUUGCGAACUGUGCACGGAAACGUUCACAAUCCCUCGCGAGUGGGUAAGGCAUGUGCAGACCCAUACGGAUGUGUUGCCGGCCAAGAGGAGAAGAAGAGAUAGCACGGGGGAUUCCUACGAGAACGAAACCUUCCCCGAACUGAUGUGCGACCUCUGCCAGAAACCCUUCCCCACGCCCGCCGAAUGGGUGAAGCACAUCCAAAAGGACCACACCGAAUUCGAGCUGCACCUCUCCAACAAGAAGAGCUACCCUUCGGGCAAACAGCUCGCCCCCUCCUCCAGAACGGACACACCUUCUCCUCAGAGCGGUGACGGGGGCAAACAGUGCGCAGAUUGCAACAAGACGUUCCCCUCCCACGCAUCCAUGGUCAUCCACAAACGCAGCCAUACGGGAGAGAAGCCGUUCAACUGCGAUAUGUGCAGCAAGACGUUCAACGUGAAGAGUAACCUACUGCGCCAUUUAAGGACUAUUCACAAUAAGAUUAUCAAUUCGACUGAAGUCGAAAGCAAGGAGGACGAUUCGAGCAACUGAACUAUUUAGGUUAGGUGACGCGACGGCCUAGAAAUCAUUUGUUUUGUAAUAGUGAAUCGACUGUUUUUUUUUUACCUUCGAGUUUCCAUUCCUUUAUGACUUGAUUUUGUAAUUAAAUUCCUGUUAAUUUACAA